GUAUUAUUUUCCCACGAGUAUGACGGAACAGCCGAGUCAGCGAUUUAAUUGAUAACAGUCAACUAUAUACGUUGCUUUGUAAUUGUUACAACUAGUCGGAAGUUUAGUCCUUUCGCUCAGCUAUUUCACACCUUUGUUAGCUGUUACGUAAGACAGUCACGGUCAAACGAAACAAGGUUCAUCACAGAGGUGUGUCUAAAUUCCUAUUUGGAGUCAACAUCCGGGCCGCAAGGAUCAAGUUACGGUGGAGGAUUGAGUACGAAUGUCAAGGAGCACUCUCUGUGAGGGCUGACAUGUUCGCCGCUAGAUUUGCUUGCGCUCAGUCGCAGCCAACAUGCCUGCGCGAUCGCCUGUCUCGUAUCGCAGUCUCGCCGCUCUAUUGCUCUUCAUAAUGCACAUACAUGGGGAAAACAUUUCCUGCAGCAAAGAUGGAUUGUUCGCCGAUUACGAUACGGAUUGUGAAGAGUACGUGAAAUGUUCAUCCGGAAAAGUGAAAGGACGAUACAUAUGUCCCGCGGGAAGAGUGUUCAGUGAAGUGGCAGGUGCGUGUAUAUCGAGCCCGAGUAGAAGUUGCAUACAACGUAUUUGCGCCUCGGGUGAUUCGUUUGCAUACACAACACCAACAACUGCAUGUAGACAUUAUUAUCGCUGUGAAAACGGUACCGUUACCGAUCACAACUGUCCGAGCGGAUCCUGGUUUGAUAUAGACCGACAAGCCUGUUCCCGAGGCGCGGGGACGUGCUAUGAACCUGUAUGCGCCGGUUUGCCUGACGGGAAAUAUCCAGACUCCUCAAAUGAAUGCCGCAGAUUAUUACACUGUCGUGGCGCAGAAGUAAGAGCUGUGGAAUCUUGCAACGGUGUAUGCAGUAAUAACUGUCCUGCUCCUAGAUCUACGGCUAUCCCCAUACCGGUAGGCGAUGCAGACUUCUGCUCAGAUGACACAUGCGACUCAUUAUGUCAUAAUGCAGGGGAUGGUGCAUAUGCUGACCGUUCAACGGGUUGCCGUGAAUACUUUGUUUGUAAAUCACAUCGUGUCAUAAGCCGCGGUGUGUGUGAACCGGGAUUUUUAUUCACGGGCAUGGGCUGCGAGUCAGCUGAAUGGAACUAUUGCCCAUCACCAGCGCGAAGCCCUUGUUUCAACCGUCAGGACGGUAGAUACAGGGACUGGAAGAGUUGCUCUUCUUGGUACGACUGCAGACGAGGAAGAGUGGUCUCACGUGGAAUAUGUGAGACUGGAAAAUCUUUCGAUGGAAUAAACUGCGUUCCGGAAAAAAGUUUUCGAUGCACAGGACCCGAGUUCUCCAAACGCUGUGAAGGCAUGCCAAGUGGGACCUACCAACAUCUGGAAUCUAAUUGCAGUCAAUACUACCAUUGUGAAGGACCCUUGGAGUUUAUGUUUGUUUGUCCGAUCGGUGAGGUGUAUGAUGGCUCAAAAUGUGUACCCAAGUAUCAAUAUUUAUGCCCGAACUUGGAGAAGGAUUCGUGUUAUGGUCGUGCCAAUGGACAUUACCGUGCCAAGGAUGCCAGUUGCAGAGCCUUUUAUGCCUGUAUUAAUGGAGAAAAGGCUAUGUAUGUUUGCCCAGUUGGAAAUGUGUUUGACGGUGAAACCUGUAUACCCGAACGUUUAGAUCUUUGCCCGUCGAAAGACUACUCAUGUUCAGGACUAAGUGACGGUUAUCACCCCGAAGUUGACUCAAACUGUCGCAGAUACUUUUUCUGCGAAGGCCGCGAUCGACUAGCAACAUUAUCCUGUCUUGGGGGUAAAAUUUUUGACGGACACGCAUGCGUGGACAGCUUGCGUCACGAGUGCGGGUCUCCACGUAAGCAGAACACCGAGAGUGGAAAACACUGUGACAGCGACGGUUUCUUCGUAGUCCCGGGUACUCAAUGCAAGAAUUACUACAUUUGUGUUAACGGUCAAAAGACCUAUCUAUCGUGUCCCAUUGGCCAAUUAUUUAAUGGGCAAGUGUGUGUGCCCAAUAAUGAAUAUGCAUGUCCUGAUUGAGUGUCACUUGGGGUAAGAUUCAGAGACAAGUCUAAUGGUAAAAUUCAGAGGCGAUACAGAUAACAUAGUUCGCGCUGUCGACUCUGCAUGUUACCGUGCAAACUCUAUAUAUCAAACGCCUUACAGUAUUUGCUAGACGUGAGAAUUAUGACCUGUCCUUGAACCUUACCCACGGUGUAAUUGGCUUAUUCGUCAAAAGUUCGGGAGUCCACGAUGUACCUGAUAUAAAGACUGUGAGCUCACAGAUUAUUCAGAACUUAAUUACCGUUAGCAAUAAUUCAACUA